AUGGCGAAAUUGCACACACCAAAGGUAUGGCGCCUGGAUGUUGACCCUGAUUUGUCAGAUUAUAACAUGCGAGAAGCAAAACAUGGAAAAUUUUUUAUUUCUUUGUUUCCACCAGCUGAUUUCACGCCAGAGACAUCAGAAUUCAAGUCCCUGAGAGGACAAACAAAGCCAUCUGAAGAACCUUCGAGCUUGACCGCAACAUUGACCACCCCAUUACCUCUCGAACCAUCUCUAGCCCUUAGCCGAAAUGGACCAAACCCAUUGGGGAAAACGGGCUCACGAUAUCGGCAGCUGGAAUCAGACACCAGCCCAAUUGAGUCCGGCCCAUUAGAAGAUUCUUGGUGUAAAGCCGAAGUGUUUAUGUCGUUGCUGAGUGUAAUGAAGGGCCGAAUAUGGCGGGAGAAGACUGGUUUGUGGAAAUGGUUGUGUUUGUUAGGGGUUAGAGUUUGUGUAAAUGAUGUUGAAGGGAAGAUGGAGGGAGAUUUCUUGGGAGUUUCUUGUGUUGGCCACAAGGCAACUUCUUGUGUGGAAAAUUUUGCGGCUGGAAAAUGUAUUGAACAUUUGGUGGCCAUUAGGCCUUGA